ACAGUGAAUGGGUACUAUAAUUACCAUGACUCUCAGACAGUGAUUGGGUACUAUAAUUACCAUGACUCUCAAACAGUGAAUGGGUACUAUAAUUACCAUGACUCUCAGACAGUAAAUGGGUACUAUAAUUACCAUGACUCUCAGACAGUGAUUGGGUACUAUAAUUACCAUGACUCUCAGACAGUGAUUGGGUACUAUACUUACCAUGACUCUCAGACAGUGAAUGGGUACUAUACUUACCAUGACUCUCAGACAGUGAAUGGGUACUAUAAUUACCAUUACUCUCAGACAGUGAAUCGGUACUAUAAUUACCAUAACUCUCAGACAGUGAGUCGGUACUAUAUUUACCAUGACUCUCAGACAGUGAAUCGGUACUAUAAUUACCAUGACUCUCAGACAGUGAGUCGGUACUAUAUUUACCAUGACUCUCAGACAGUGAAUCGGUACUAUAAUUACCAUGACUCUCAGACACUGGAUAGGUACUAUGAUUCACAUAAUUCAUCUGUUGGGGCUAUAAUCGCUAGACAUGUGCACAGUGGAACAAUGCGCUUCAGCUAA